CCCGCCAGGAGCGCGGCCGGCAUGAGCCAGGUGCCGAGGAAGCUGCCGGAGGAGGAAGAGGGGGACGAGGAGGAGGAAGAAGAGGAGGAGAUCGUGGGCUUGGCGGGCUAUGCCGACGGGGCCGAGUCCUUCUCGGACGGCGACGCGGAGAGCGGCGGCGAUGAGGCGUUUUUGGAUUUCAAUGAUCCCUUCAGUACUGAAGUUAAGCCAAGAAUCCUGCUCAUGGGAUUGAGAAGAAGUGGAAAGUCUUCCAUUCAGAAAGUUGUCUUUCACAAAAUGUCACCGAAUGAGACUCUGUUCUUGGAGAGCACAAACAAGAUCUGCAGAGAGGAUGUUUCCAACAGCUCCUUUGUCAACUUUCAGAUAUGGGAUUUUCCUGGGCAAAUUGACUUCUUUGACCCUACGUUUGAUUAUGAGAUGAUUUUCAGAGGCACUGGAGCACUGAUAUUUGUUAUUGAUUCUCAGGAUGAUUACAUGGAAGCAUUAGCUCGGCUACAUCUUACUGUGACCAGAGCCUAUAAAGUGAAUCCAGACAUCAACUUUGAAAUCUUUAUCCAUAAAGUGGAUGGUUUAUCUGAUGAUCACAAGAUUGAAACGCAGAGGGAUAUUCACCAGAGGGCAAAUGAUGACCUUGCAGAUGCUGGAUUGGAGAAGAUUCACCUCAGCUUUUAUCUGACAAGCAUAUAUGAUCAUUCUAUAUUUGAAGCAUUUAGUAAAGUGGUACAGAAACUGAUUCCACAGCUCCCAACACUGGAAAACCUGCUUAACAUCUUUAUUUCAAAUUCUGGGAUUGAAAAAGCAUUUUUAUUUGAUGUAGUCAGUAAGAUCUAUAUUGCAACAGACAGCACUCCAGUGGAUAUGCAAACUUACGAGCUCUGCUGUGAUAUGAUAGAUGUUGUGAUUGACAUUUCUUGUAUAUAUGGGCUUAAAGAUGAUGGCACUGGAACUCCUUAUGAUAAAGAAUCAAUGGCAAUCAUAAAACUGAAUAAUACAACUGUCCUUUAUUUAAAAGAGGUGACAAAAUUCCUCGCUCUUGUUUGUUUUGUCAGAGAAGAAAGCUUUGAGAGAAAAGGAUUAAUAGACUACAAUUUCCAUUGUUUUCGAAAAGCCAUACAAGAAGUAUUUGAAGUAAGAAUGAAAGUAGUAAGAUCUCGAAAACAUCAAAGCCACGUGCAAAAAAAUAAAAGACCCACUCCCAAUGGAACACCAAGAAUGCCAUUGUAACUGAGGUUUUCUGGCAAUGUGGCAAGCAAAGUUUCAUGAAGUUGACAUGAUCUUCUGCAUCUCAUUGCACUGAGUGAAGAGGAAAACAAAUGGGACUGAUGUAUUAUAUGAAUUUUUCCCGAACGUUCAGAAAGCACUGUUUAAAUAUUUUUAUCCAAUCAGUUUUUUUCAUAUAGUGAGCACUUUGAGCAAAAUGUUGUAUAUAUAAACAUUGAGGCGAGCAGUUGUAAGAAUUUUCUUAAUAUAUGCUGUAAACCUUUUUCAUGCCAUAUUAAGAAAAAACAGCUGUGACAGAAAUACUGGGUACAUAAUUUGCACUUUUUCAUGUUUUCCUUGUGGACUUGGACUUUGAUAAACUUAGUUUUUAUGGUGGUUUUGAUGCAUGGUGUCAGGUAAAAUGUAUGCUGUAGUUUAUUUACCUACUACAAUCAAAUUGGUUAGUAAACAAUUAAGAAAACUUGGUACAAUGUCUUUUUAAAUUUGUGACAGCUAAUACCUAACAUUCAUACAGAUCUAAUUUCAUAUAUUUUUCAAUUUGUAAACUGAAUAAUAAUAUUGAAGUAUUACAGCAAUAAACACCUUACCAGGGAUCAUAACUGGUAGGUAAAUAUUAGCUUUUAUAAAACAGGCUUUUGGCCAAAUUUCAUCCAGAGUUCUCCUUAACACUGGUCAUGCCCUCUCUUGGGUCUGGUUUUAUUAUUUACCUCAGCAUAUGCCACUAAAAUACCUUUCUAUAAAGAUGAUUGUUUUGUAAAAUGGCUCUAUGUUGCACUGGUAUUUUUAUAAGGCUUAUGUUGUAUCUGUAUGGCUGGAUUUACAUUGCUAAGUUUGUGUCAAGAGCCUGCACAUGUACAAUUGGUGCAAUGAAGAAUCUGUAUUUCCA